UUUAUUUAACCACAAUAUACUGUUAAAUGUUUCCAACAAAAAUGUGGAAAAAAAGUGUUCUAAAGCCUUCACUCAGGAGAUUAUGAUGUCCAAGAGAGACACUUCUAGAACCAAAUUUGAAAGAUGUGACACUCAAGCUGUGGGUCUCAAGCCACCAUAAGGCUUUUCAUAGUCCUGUAUAUGGUAUUCUUUUCAGGAUUGAGUAAGGCAUUCGGUGACAUCCUGACAGAGACAUGACAGCUUUCUCAGGAAAAAAAAAAAGUCCGUAUGAAGCAAAUCUAUAGCUAGCUAUCUUCCUUAACUCUUCCCUGACAUGAAUAUAUACAGAAUAGCAUUCUAAGUCAGAACACCAUUAUCUGAAGCAGAUUGUGGUUUAUAGUGGGUACACUAAAAAACUAUUUCUUGAUUAACCCCGAUAAUAUUAAUAUAUAUCAUCACUCAAAGAACAUGUAAUUCCUAUGCUGGAACUUUCACUAAUUCAUAUUUAGUGUCACCAAGGGAUUGUGUGCCAGACCCUAUGGUGGUGUAUGUUCUACAAAUCAUCAGAUAUAUAGCUCAGUGAGCUUAACCAGGCAGCUGAAAUCCCCACAGGGUAAGGGUGAUCCUCAGAUGCCACAGAGCCAACAUGGGGCCCAUAUACCAUUUCCUCUCAUGCUGCUGCAAUGAUAGAGUCAAGAGGACAUGGGUGGGAUGACCUAGCAACUUGCUGAUUAUCAAAUGUGUUUUCAAUUCCUUGGGGCCAUCUGCAAUCUCCUCAGGUUGCUAUAGCACAACACAAGGCACCAGCCACUCACAGAACUUCAAUAGGAUCAGGGAAGUGUGAAGGUGAGCACCUUUCACACAUCUUCUGACCUACACUAUUGCAAUUCAGUUGCACUCCAGGAUCUCUCUGUUUCCAACUCUCAUAAUUUUAUUACGUCUUGUGAUAUUUCAUGUUUUACAUAAAACCCCAGCUCUGGAAGACAAGUACAGUAAGUUUUCUAGACCUCAUGGUUGGGGAGACAAUCCUGAAAAUAUAAGUCAAUCACAUCCUAAAGGCCCAAAAACCAAAAGGCAAAUGGAAAAAAAAUAUAAUGUUCAUCUUAUGAUUUUUAAGCCAGUCUCAAAAUUUGGGGUGACCUGCCUCAUGAUGCUUGAAUAUUUGUGGUUGCCAAUUCUAAGAUAUGGCCACAUGUUCCUGUGACAGAGUGUGAAUAACUUGAGGCUAUGUCUACACUUUACUUUCAUUGGUAAAACUUUUGUCAGUCAAGAUGCGCUCCCGCCAAUAACGCUACCGCCCCUCAUUGGAGAUGGUUUUAUUUUGUCAUCAGGAAAGCUCUCUUCUGCCAACAGAGAGUGGCUACACUGUGUACCUUACAAUGGCACUGCUGUAGUGGGUGUAUGGGGUUGUCAGGGAGGGGUAGUACCUGUGAUGGGGGAGCAGUCGUACUCCUAGGAGUAGCUCAUCCACUUUGGUCCCCACUUGACACCCAGCUCUCACCUGUGGCUCCAAGUAGCUGUCAGUAUGCGACAGCGGCCACACCCCGGAGACCGUCUCGACUGGCGGGCUAAACCAGGUGAGGGUAGCCGAUGAGUAUGAGACUCUCAGUGAGUUAGGGCCUGGAUCCAGCUGACUGAUGCAUCCUGGUUCAACCUGGUUCAAUGAUCAGGAAGGCGGUGACAGCAAGCGUUGUGGAACGCUAAAGAGCACGACAAGACACGUAGGCGUCUUGGUCAUCCACUGCGCCCUGCCCUAACUCCAGCUGUCUUGACUUCUGUCCUGCCACUGGAUACAGAUAGGAACUGGGAAGAGAGCGUGAGGCUGACGUUGCGCAACUCUCCCUCACUUUAAUCCAAUUUAUGCACAAGUCUCGACAUCAUAUCAUAUCAAAUUACAUCAUAUCAAGUCCUGUGGCGAUGGGCGAGCGACGAAGCAGCAGGUAUGGAUACACUGGGAGCUGUAGCCACGGACCUGCACAUAGGUGGCUCAGGCAUAAUGGUCAUUCCUCACUGACCGAAGCAUCAGUGGAGCUCGGCAUCUUCUUGAGUGACUGAGCAGCCCUAUUCAGGAUUGCACUGCUCACCUCCGUAGAACGAGGAGGGGGCUAGAAAAGGUGCACUAAACAUUGCCUGCUUCACCUUACCCUGGCCAGCAUACCACAGCUGGUGGGGAUCCCAUAAAAGCGGUCAAACAAAAACAAAACUUAGAGUGACACCGAUCACUAUUGGCAAAUGGAAUGUGCACAUGUUACUAGACAACAUCACAGCAGACAGACCGGAGAAAAGAACAGCACUUGUCGCUAGAGAGCUUGCAUGCUACAACAUUGACAUUGCAGCCCUUAGCGAAACUCGCCUUGCUAAUGAAGGACAGCUGUCUGAGUCAGGCGGUGGCUAUACAUUCUUCUGGAGUGGCCGCAGCAGUGAUGAGCAUCGCAAAUCUGGAGUUGGCUUCACCAUCAAGAAUCGUCUUGUUCGGAAACUUGCCAGUUCCCGCAAGGGUAUGAAUGACCAGCUCAUGACAGUGCAGCUUCCCCUUCAAAAAGGAAAACAAGCUACUUUGAUCAGCGCAUAUGCUCCUACAGUGACCAACCCAGUGGAUGUGAAGGAUAAAUUCUACGAAGAACUAGAUACUCUGCUAUCGUCACUGCACCACACAGACAAGUUGAUUCUGCUUGGUGAUUUUAACGCAAGAGUCGGAUGCGAUGCCGCAGCCUGGGAAGGAGUCAUCGGGAAAAAUGGAGUGGGAAAGUGUAACAGCAAUGGUCUGUUACUGCUGAAAACUUGUGCAGCACAUGACCUUCUGAUCAGCAAUAUGGUCUUCCGCCUUCCUACCCGUAACAGGACUUCGUGGAUGCAUCCCCGUUCCAAGCACUGGCAUUUGAUCAAUUAUGUCAUCAUCAGGAGAAGGGAUAGACAAGAUGUCAGGGUUACAAAAGCUAUGUGUGGCGCUGACUGUUGGAUGGAUCAUAGGCUCAUACUAUCCAAAAUGAAGCUCUGUAUCAUGCCGAAGAGACCUGAAACCUAUAAGAGGAAGGGCAAUCGCCAGGUAUGCGACAAUCACCGUGGAAUCUCGCUGCUUUCUACAGCAGGGAAAGUUCUUGCACGGGUUCUGUUGAACCGAUUAUUCCCUCACCUGGAGAAGGACUUACUGCCAGAAUCACAGUGUGGCUUCCGCAAGGGAUGUGGGACUAUUGACAUGAUCUUCGCUGUGUGUCAGCUACAGGAGAAAUGUCAAGAGCAGAAUCGUGAACUCUACACAACUUUUGUGGACCUCACGAAAGCAUUUGACUCUGUCAGUCGCCAGGGCCUGUGGAGGAUCAUGUUGAAAUUUGGCUGUCCAGACAGAUUUAUAAGAAUGGUACGUUAGUUUCAUCACGGUAUGAUGGCUCGUGUCCUGGAUGAUGGUGAAACAUCUGAGGCCUUCCCAGUCACCAACGGCGUCAAGCAAGGGUGUGUUUUAGCACCCACUUUGUUCAGCAUGAUAUUCUCUGCCACUUUGACUGAUGCCUUUCAACACUGCACUGAAGGAGUAGGCCUGAAGGAUAGAACUGACAGGAAACUAUUCAAUCUGAGGCUACUGCGUGCCACCACCAAGACAGAGCUAGAAAUGCAAGCCAGUAUGGACAAGUUUUCAACUGCAUGCAACAACUUCGGUCUCUCCAUUAACAUCAAGAAGACUGAGGUCAUGCACCAGCCAGCUUCCCAGAACCGUCUCAGAACGUACUCAGAACCAUCCAUCACUGUAAAUGGACAGAGACUUCAGACAGUGGACCACUUCACGUACCUGGGCAGUACCCUUUCCCGAGCAGUGUCAAUCGAUGAUGAAGUAAACUGCAGAAUUGCUAAAGCCAGCUCUGCAUUUGGCCGAUUGCACUCCAACGUUUGGGAACAUCGAGGGAUCAGCCUACCAACGAAGCUGAAGGUCUACCGAGCAGUGGUGCUUCCAACUCUGCUGUAUGCCUGCGAGACGUGGACUGUCUAUCGGAGUCAUGCACGAAGGCUCAAUCACUUCCACAUUUCCUGUCUGCGAAAGCUUCUAAAAAUCAGAUGGCAGGACAAAGUGCCCGAUACUGAUGUCCUUACUAAAGCCAGUCUGCCGUCAGUUCACACAUUGCUGAUGAGAGCCCAGACCAGGUGGGCCGGACAUGUUGUGAGAAUGUCAGAUGAACGCGUUCCUAAACAGCUCUUCUACAGAGAACUCACUCAGGGAAAGCGCUCCCAUGGAGGACAAAAGAAGCGGUUCAAAGACACAUUCAGAAAAAAAGCUGGCUGGUGCGCAUUCAACGACAUCAGGGACAUCCUCCAAGGAAAGAUCAGCAAAACAACUCGUGCGAAUCUUUUUAACUCAACCAUGCUUCCAGCAAUGCUAUAUGGCAGCGAAACAUGGUCGCUGAUGAAGACUGAAGAACAUCAACUGUCUGUCACACAGAGGGUGAUGGAACGAACAUUUCUGGGCAUUUCACUCCGCGAUCACAUCCCCAAUGAAAUAAUUAGGCAACAGUCUGGAGUGCAAGAUGUUGUUGUUGAAAGCAGGCUCAGCAAAAUGCAGUGGGCAGGACAUGUGGACCGACUCAGUGACAACAGAUGGACUGCAGCUAUAUCUGAGUGGUUGGUUUAUAAGAAACAUAAAGCUCCUAAAAUUCAUCAGGAAAAGGAGUUGUGUGUAGCUUACUUAAGCAAUGAACAGUUGAAAAAGAAGGAUACGUGUAACAUUAAGGAGUUGUAA